AUGGCGCGACAAUUGUCAAACAUUGAAUUAGAUAUUCUUCUCGCAGUAGAAGAGGAGGAAGAAGGAGAAGAAGAAGUGGAAGAAGAAGAAGAAGAAGAAGAAAGAGAAUUUUAUUUUGAAUCUGAUCAUUUGGCAUUAAAGGGUAACAAAACUUAUAAUUCCCUUUUAAAAACCAUUGUAAUAUUGGAGUCGCAAAGGACACAGGCUAUUGAAGAUUUGGAUAAACUUUAUGAUGCACGUUCUAAAGCUAUGAAGGAUCCAAUAUCUUUUGUAGCACAAUUACAAAAUGGUGAUUUACCAGAAUUUCCAAGACCGCAAAAGAUUGCUGAUAUUCCUUAUAUUGAUUGGUCACAGUAUAAUAUAACAAUACCUGACACACGCAUGAGACCACAAACAAGACAUGGAAAUGUAAUACCACAAACACAAAUUAACACCGAACAAGAAAAUAGAAAGAUUUUGGUAAGAGGACGUGCUUUUGAUGAGAGUAAACCAGAAACUUUUAAUCAAUUAUGGACCAUAGAGGAACAGAGACGUUUAGAAGAAUUGUUGAUAGAAUAUCCACCUGAAGAAGUUGAGAUGAGACGAUGGACUAAAAUCGCUAAUGCUUUAGGUAAUCGUACUCCAAAACAAGUAUCUAGUAGAGUACAAAAGUAUUUCAUCAAAUUAUUACGAGCUGGUUUGCCAAUACCAGGUAGAGGACCAAAAAUGAAAUUAGAUGUUAAGAAAGGUUUGAAUCAUCGUCAUCAAAGACAUAAUUUCAUGUUAUUCAAACGUUCGACUUUCUUUCCUCAUAAUGAUUUGUCAUUUAUUACAAAUGAUGACAGUAAAGAACAUCCGAUUACAGAAGAGCCUGAGGAUGAUAUUGGAAAUAUUUGCACAAAUGAUAAUUCUGAAUUGAGACAGAUAGAAUUAAUAAAACAAGUUAAGGCAGAAAAAGAACACGAGUCAUAUUCGGUCUAUAAACACGUUGGAUAUAAAUGUAUGGUAUGUAGAGAGGAACCUUUAAAAGGUACAAGAUGGCAUUGUUUACAAUGUCAAACUGGAGUUAAUUUAUGUGGUGAUUGUGCUGUUGCUCAAAUAGGAGCUGAAAAUCCUACGCAUGAUCCAUCGCAUAGAUUAAUUCCUGUUAAACCACCUCAGUAUAGUCAAAGUUACGACGUAGAUUAUUCUCCAUUAAAUUUUAAUAAUACUUCUUAUAAUUAUAAUUAUCUUGAUCCUAAUUUUUUACCUGAAUAACAAGAUAAUUAUUAUAAAUUUUUUGUAGCAUAGAAACAAUCAAUACUCAGCUAUUGUGCA